AUGGCGGCUCCUGUCUUGACAGAGGAUUACGUGGAGGCUUUGACGAGGCGUGUGGACGCUCUGGAAAAGAAGCUUCUUUCCCAGGAUGGCGCUCUCCCCGUGAUACCGCUGACCACCGCCGUGAGGGAGCUGGGGCGGAAACUGGACACACUCGCUGGUCGCGAGAAGGGAGAAGAGAGUCUCAAGAUGACUGAAGGUGCCAAGGUCGAGCUGCUGUGUGGAGAGGUGGAGCAACUUAGAAAGUUCACUGACAGAAUGGAAGAGGUCCACCAACUGAAAGACUACAUCAACUCCACCGAGUGCCAAGGUCUGGAGACACACGAGAAGAAGCUGGCGACAGUCUCAGCCACUCACCUGGAGCAGGAGGCCAGAGUCGCGGAGCUGACUCAACAGACCCACACUCUAAUGGACGGCUACCGUAGAGUAAUGUUGCAGCUGAGUGCUCAGUGCGUCCAGUGGGACGAGGCGCUGGGGGAGCGGGAAACAGCCAAGACUUAGAGAUUUUUUAAAACCAUCAACAGGUUAAUUAAGUGUAUAUACACCAAUCAUGGAUUUUUGAAUCUCCAAUAAAUUUUGUAUAUAGAAUUGACAAAAUUUUUGUAAGGACGUGCUUGUAUUAAGACCGACAAGUUGUGCUGAACAUCGAAUAGUAAUGACGUGGGAUAUGCAAUGUGUGGGUAUUAUAACUACUAUACAGUUUACUACAUCUGGCAAGAGCCGAGAUAGCGGGGAAAUGGGAUGACAUCGCGAAUGUCGGCCACUCCGAGGAAGGCCUGGAGAAGACGCUCGAACCCGAGUCCAAACCCUCCGUGUGGCACGGUUCCAAACCGCCUCAGGUCCAGAUACCUGGGAUCACCACUCACACUGGUAUUACAUAACGCGGUGUAAUCAGGGACUUACCACUGAUACUUCUCCAACAACCCUAGCCUUCAGUAGAAAAAAUGGAGGGAUGAAAAAACAAGUAGAUCAGCACAUAGGCUGCACAU